CCGCCGCCCGCUGAAGCCCAGCCCCGCCGGCCGGGACUGCUGCCCCCCUGCAAGUGGCCAUGGGGGCGGUCAUGGGCACCUUCUCCUCUCUGCAGACCAAACAAAGGCGCCCCUCCAAAGACAUCGCCUGGUGGUAUUACCAGUAUCAGAGAGAUAAGACGGAGGACGAACUGGAGAUGGCGGUGGUCUGCCACCGGCCCGAGGGUCUGGAGCAGCUGGAGGCGCAGACCAACUUCACCAAGCGGGAGCUGCAGGUCCUCUACCGCGGCUUCAAGAAUGAGUGCCCCAGUGGGGCGGUGAAUGAGGAGACCUUCAAGCAGAUCUACGCGCAGUUCUUCCCUCACGGAGACGCCAGCACGUACGCCCACUAUCUCUUCCAUGCCUUCGACACCACCCAGACGGGCUCCGUCAAGUUUGAGGACUUCGUGACGGCCCUGUCCACUCUCCUGCGUGGCUCCGUGCAUGAGAAGCUCAGGUGGACAUUCAACCUGUACGACAUCAACAAGGACGGCUACAUAAACAAGGAGGAGAUGAUGGACAUCGUCAAGGCCAUCUACGACAUGAUGGGCAAGUACACGUACCCUGUGCUCAGGGAGGACACGCCCCGGCAGCACGUGGACGUCUUCUUCCAGAAAAUGGACAAAAACAAAGACGGCAUCGUGACGCUGGAUGAGUUUCUCGAGUCCUGCCAGGAGGACGACAACAUCAUGAGGUCCCUACAGCUGUUCCAGAACGUCAUGUGACGGCGGCCCCCCCCACGGCUCUCAGAGCCCCCUGGACCCCCUGCGG